UAGGCUUUGUGAUCAUGGUUGGAAAGAAGAAAAGAUUUAAUUAAUGAUUACAUUUUAUUAUUAAGAUAUGGUAGAUUAAAUCUUACUGUGUGCUUAGUCGGUCAAAACUUUAAAUAAGGUUGAUUCAACAACAGCAAGGCUAAGUAAAUCAAAUAUGAAUAGAUAAGAAUCAACUAUAACCAAUAGUCUCCUUUAAUUUCAAUUUUAAUUUGCCACCAUUAUCAUCUCCUAUUUAAUUCUUUCCCUUUAUAUCGUUUAUUAUGUGCAAGAUCAAACAUAGUUUUUUCUGCUCCCCUUUUCUAAAACAGGUUUGCCUUUCUAUAAAUAAAGUGUAAUGGAAUUUUAACCAUUUAAAUAUAACACGAUUCUUCUUUGAUAUUAUUUAAACCAUAUUUUCAUUAUGUUACCUUUUGCAAGUAAGUUUUCUUAAAAGUACAUCAUGACUAAAGACGAAUCACAUACUAACAAACAAACCAAUUCAGUUCCACUUUCCUUUAAAAUUGCUCUUGCAACAGGUGCAGUUGCAGGUGCGGCUAUUACUGUUAUAACGCAUAAAGAAGAAGUCCUUAUGGCCGCAGAGAAUAUAUUCCAAGUUGGUGAAAGGUUAUUACAACAAGGUGCUCAAUUCUGUAGAGUUAAAUUGGAAGAAAUCAAGCAAGCCAAUAGUCAUUUUGCUGAUAGUUAUGAGGAUCAUGAGUUUUCUACCCGCACAAGAGAUGAUGAUGAUGAUGAUCAAGUAGUUGAAGAAGAACAAACCUAUGGUAGAUCAACUGGAGUAUCCCAUUUAGGUAGUCAGUCUGAUUAUGAUGAGUUAACCACUCCAUCUGCUUCUUCAGAUGAAGAAGAUUAUGAUAAUUGGAGUAGGGAUGAUAGUAUAGUUCAAAGUCUUGAUUAGGGUUUACAAUCAUCUUUGUGGAAUAUUACUAUUUAUGGGGACAAAAGCAAGUCAUGGAUAAUUAGAGAAAAGGUUUUGA